GGCAGUUCGUUUUGCUUGUCGAACUGAAGAGGCAAAAUUUUGUGCAAGAAAUUAAAUAAUUCAGUGAAAAUGAAGAUUUUCAUUCUUGGAGUGAUUUUGGCGCUGCAAUUCAUUGCAGGAUCCUCAAACAGCAACGUUCAGGAAGUGUUCAAGUGGAAGAAAGUGGAUUUGGAGCAUGUUUCACUCUUAGAGAACACCUACGUUGGUCCCUACAAAUAUCGCAUUGCUGAGAAUGAGAAUAUCAUCAGUAUGGGCUAUCAUCCAGCCAGUGGGUUGAUGAUUGUGGCCUUUCUGAGAAGAAGGCCCGGAGUUCCAACAACCCUGGGAGCUUUCUGCGCAAGUGAAUACAAUUUCGGAUCAAGCCCAAGAAUCUGGCGGUUCCCCAACUACCACGUUAACGAUCUCAGGGCAACUGAUUUCACAUUCCUCACCGAUAGUGAAGGCAGGAAACAACUAAACCCACUCAAUACUUGGGAGAAUUCCUACUACAAUCAUAUUCAGAGAAUUCAACCAUAUCAGAAUACUUUCUACAACAAUGUAGCAGGAUUUGGCUCAGGGUUCCCCAUUGAGAUCCAGAGAAUUGUAUCCGUUUUCCACAUAACAGUUGAUGAAAAAUGCAACCGUGUAUUCUUUGUGGAUAAUGGACAAGUUACCUACAAUGAAAAUUCAACGUACGUUGUCCAGAGACCAGCUCUUGUUGUUGUUGGGCUCCCAACAAAUGGUUGCCACAUUAGGAACUUCCCAAUUCUUCGUCGUGUUGAAAUCCCUGAUAGAAUCACGUCAAAGGGUGCUGAUGGUUUCAUGUAUACGACAAUAGAUUAUCAACCAAGUGGAUCAUGCGAUGAUCUCUUCUUGUACAUCACGAAUCCCUUCCACAACUACCUCACAGUCUAUGAUUACAAGAACAACGACUUCUGGUCAUUUGAACAUGAAACCUUCAAUCCAAUUGCUGCUGAAUCCCACUAUGUCUUCGACAAAACUCUCAACUAUCAAUUCAAUAUGGGGAUUUUCUCAGUUGCUCUUGGAUAUCCAGAUGAAAAUGGAGAUAGGACAGCCUACUACACCCCUCUUGCAGGCGUAGGCCAGUACGCUGUGUCAACCAAAAUACUCAAAGAUAAGAGCAAAUCCGAAAAUUACGACAACAGCCUUGAUUUCAAGAUCAUUGGCUACCGUGGAUGUGAUCAUCAGUCUCUGAAGACAGCUAUUGACUACACGUACGGUGUAAUGUUUUACUCUGAAAUACAGUCGAACCAAGUUCGUUGCUGGAACAUCAGUAAACCCCUCAAUCCGGACAACAUUGGCGUUGUCUACCAAUCUGAGGACUUUACAUUCGGUUCACAGCUCUUCAUUGACUCCCUUGGCUAUCUCUGGUUCCACUCAUCUCAAGUCCCAGUCGUUGCAAAGACUGAUCAACCUCUGGAUCUUGAUCAUGUCAACUCCAGGAUUUACCGCAUUAGAGUAGCAGAUGCAAUUCGUGGAACCGUCUGUGCAGAUGGAGAGCGCGUUUAAUGAAGAAGAUCAUUUUGAGCACCAAUGAUAAAGCUUUUUUCUUGUAAGAUUUUGAAAAUAAAAAUGAAAUUUUAAAAUGU